AGCAGGAAGAAGGAAGACAGAGUGGUCGGUCGGGUGUGUCUGGGCUUGCUAUCUCACCUUAAUUAUAGUACGUGCCCACAGUGUAGACAUGGGCUCUCAAGAGGAGGAGAUGCUGGUGCAGAAGAUUUGUGAGCUCUACGACAACAUCUCGAAGCUGGAGUGCCUUGAACCAUCCAAGGAUGUCGAUCUGCUCUUCACCCAGCUUGUGCGCGCAUGCAUUCCGCCCAGCCCUAUCGAUGUUAGCAAGCUGUGCAAGAGCGUACAGGACAUUCGUUCCAAGCUCAUCAGACUCUGUGGACAAGCUGAGGGACUCCUGGAGAACCACUUCUCCACCAUCUUGGGAUCCUACGACGACAACCCACUCCACCACCUCAACAUCUUCCCAUACUAUUCCAACUACCUCCAGCUUAGCCACCUGGAGUUCACCUUACUCAGUAACCACUGCAUCCAUGUCCCCAGCCGAGUUGCUUUCGUGGGUUCGGGUCCCCUUCCCCUUACCUCCAUUGUAUUGGCCUCUUAUCUGCUCAGGACCACCUCCUUCCACAACUAUGACAUUGACCCAUCCGCCAACUCCAAGGCACUCCGCCUGGUAUCAUCUGAUCCUGACUUGUCACAGCGAAUGUUCUUUCACACUACUGAUAUCAUGAAUGUCUCCAGUAGCCUUCAAGACUACGACGUUGUGUUCUUGGCAGCUCUGGUUGGCCUGGACAAAGACGAGAAGGGUCGAAUCAUAGACCACCUGGCUAAGCACAUGGCCCCUGGAGCCCUUCUGAUGCUGAGGAGCGCCCACGGUGCUCGAGCAUUUCUUUACCCAGUGGUCGAUCCUUGUCACCUCCGCGGCUUUGAGGUGCUUUCUGUGUUUCAUCCGACCGACGAGGUCAUUAAUUCGGUCGUGAUUGCCCGCAAGCAUCCGAAGCCCACGCACGCACUGGAGCAGGGGCUCGGGCUCAGCCCCAUGAUACUGCCCAGCAAAUGUUCUGAGAUCCAAGCCUUCAAUCCCCUCAACCAUGGCAGCAUGAUUGAAGAAUUGGCCAUAGAGGAGCAGCAUUCUUGAAUCCAAUUGCUUUUUAAGGUUAAUUUUCAUGUUCGUCUCCACUCCAUCUCUCCCAACAAUUUGAAGCCUCCGUUAUUAGCUGGAGCCCCUUUAUUUAUAUAUGUUACUUGCUUUUUAAGGUUUUCAUGUUUGUCUAGCUCCUCAUGCAUGUACUUGCCUCAUGUGUCCUGGCUGUGUCUUUGCAUCUUAUAUAUGCUUAGUUGCCUUUGAGAAAAUAAAGAAACCCGAUUUUCACUUC